UUACUAUCCCAUCUAGGAUCAAGAAAAACUAUUUUCCCCGUCGAUGUGGAACAAAAGAACAAGUCCGGACAAAGUGGUGACAAACUUUUUGAAGUUUGGCGAGGAAGUUACCAUUCGCGCCCGGAAAAAUACCAAGUGUAAACUCGACAUCCCUUAUGGACCUUCGGAAAAAACUAAGUAUGACAUCUACGGCAUUGAUCUACCAAAUGAUGCUCCGAUAUUUGUAUUCAUACACGGUGGAUACUGGCAAGAAACGAGUAAAAAUGUUAUCGCAUAUCCUGUCGAAAGCUGUGUAUCAGAAGGCAUAAAGGUCAUUUGCGUUGGCUAUGACUUAUGCCCCAACGUCCAACUACGUGAUAUCGUACAUCAAAUUAAGUCCGCUACACAUCAAAUUCUUCAUAGUGCAGCCAAAUUUGGAUCUCGGGGCGUUUGGGUGGGUGGUCACAGUGCUGGAGCACAUUUGUCGGCUAGUGUACUGGAUCCAAAAUGGCUUGUGGAUGAACCAAACGGUACAUUACUCAAAGGACUUGUGCUUCUCAGCGGUAUUUACUACCUGGAACCAUUACUUACAACUUCGUACAACGAUAAAUUAAAACUUGACAGCAACGAAGCAAGAUUAAUGAGUGCUCUGAGUGUACUGCACGCUCCUGUUCCGAACUUGAAAGCUCUGGUUGUGGUUGGAGAAUGUGAUUCUCCUGCAUACAUAGAACAAGCCCGCCAAUUGACCAUGCAACUCUGUAGCUAUAUGGACAAUGUGGAAUAUGUAUCACUUCGAGAUGGUAUCGAUCACUACAGCAUGUUGGAAAAUUUGGCAAUUAGCGAUUUUCCACUCACCAGACGAAUAGUAAAACUUAUAAAAGGUAAUUUCGAUUAAAGUUCGUGCGCGGGUUAAAUGACUCCCAGCAUUUAGGAGCUUAGAAAAAAGGUAUCUGCUACUGGAUUUAUAAAAAAGCAAUGGUUUAAU